AGUUUCUUUCCCUUGUCGAUAAUACUUUUGAACUGUAAAUUGUUUUUAAAUGGAAUUCUUUUCUCAACGUUAGCUGAAAUUUGCGUGCAAAAUUUGUUUUACUGUGGAUUAUUUUUUAAAAGGAUGCCUCCAAUAUCUUUAAAUUUAUGCCAAAUUUCACUAACAACAAACCCGGUAGUAUGAAUAAAGUUCUUUUUCUUUACUGCCCUUAUCCGAUUCUUAAAUAAUUUGUUUUCAUAUAGGAUUUCGCCAGGUAAUCAAAUAUGACUUUUAAAGUGAAUAGAUCACGAUAACUUCAAUAUAAUCAGGCGGUGUUGCGUUAAGUAGCAUAUACCGUCUUUUCAAACUUGUGUACAAAUGCUAUGAAUUAUUAACUUUCAUUUUGAGAGAUUGAUUGACUCUCUUGGUUUGGUGUUGACUUGUUAGACAUUUUUAAAGUAAUGUUUGCCCGAAGAAUAGCAACGACCAGUGAAUUGAGAUCAAAGUUACUGUUGAUUAUUGCUUGAGAGCCACUGGCUUUAAUACGUGAAAUAAACAAUAACUAAGUAGUAUGUAAAUAAGGAAUGCUAGAUAAGAAGAGGGGGUUCAGAUUGGAUAUCGAUAUUCAUGUGUUAAAUUACUUAUUGAUUUCAAUGACCGACAUAUGUCUGUUACCAACAAGGAUAGAUUAACCUUUAAGGAUUUUAUGGAGAAUUUUUGAUAUUUAAAAGUUCGAAGCAGAAGAAUGAUAUCAGAAAAUGUGCCAAAUACAGAAGGAAAGUUUAAUUUUGAAUCGAAAGUUCGCGACAGAAGACUUUCGGAUAUACGCCGAGGGCAACAAUAUUUACGCCGUAUUGACAACUUAGCAGAGACGCAAUGGAAGUCAAACGAACCCAGGUUUGGACAUAUCCGACGUGCAAACUAUGUUACAAUAAGACCUGUUACGGAUUCUUUGCAUUCCAAAGCUUUGAACGAAAGAUUAAUGGAGGACAGCUUAAAAGAUGAGUUUUACACAUCUACACCCAAUCAACGGGUUCAGUCAGAACGGGUACCAUCUAUCAGGGACUCCUCAAUGCAGAGCAAUUUUGAAGACAGUCAAUUUUUUCGCUCAAGUCCAAGAUCAAAAUUAAGUCUCCCGGAUUAUAUGGUUUCUCCUGGAGGUCGGAAAAAAUUCUUGGAGCCUAUACAUAGAAAUCCCUACAAUAAAUACGGGUCAAGUUAUAGUCCACUGGACGAAAAAACGGAACUGACGCCUAAAGACAUGGAACCUAGAUAUGAACCUGUUCGAUUCCGUGAAACCAAUGCUAGAGUCGUGAAACCCCUGCCAAAGAAAUAUGUUCCAAUGAGUCGGGUCGGAAAUGAGGAAAAGGAUCGACAUUUGAGAUACGACACAAAUUUUAGAUCUACCAGAAACGGUAUUCUGAGCGUAAUUCAUCCGCCGGAAAUUUUUCCAGACUCAGCUAGAAAACACACCUUAGAUUCCAUAUCUCCCCAAAAAGAGGUGAACAACGAGAAAACGUUCGUUCUCAUGCGUCGCCUGGACCAUUUUCUGAAUCCAGAUAAGAAAGAAAAGUCUGGUUUAGGAUCUAGCGAGGAGGAUCUACCGCCCUCCAGAUCACCCUGUGUCUCGGACGUUUCUGAUGACGUCCCCUCGGAAUACCAGAGAAUUACAAAUAAAGCUAGGGGAACCCAAAAAUCAGUGUCGUUUCCAAGCAACAUGUCAACAGAAAACCCUGUAUAUCCUAUGUACCACAAAAAUCUGCACCAUGCUAAGGUCAAGAAGAAAAUUUGUUCUUUUGGUGAAUCGUUAGUGGAACUGAACAAAAGACCGAUGGACGUGUUUAAAAAAUGUCGAAUUUGGGCAAACACGUGCUCUCAGUACACGCCCACUUAAUGAAAAGUCUCCUAAAUUAUCACUCAUUGACUGGAAGAUUAUGGUGUCUGUAAU